AUGGGUGUUUAGAUAAGAUUCUCAAAAUUGAAAAAAAUAAAAAUUGAACAACUUAUAGAAAGCUUAAAAAAAUUUUACUUAAUUUAAGAACCUAUUUUUAAUCUAUAUUCGCUAAAUAUGAACAAAGAAUGUCUAAUUUCAGUGCAAUAGGUUCUAAAUCCUAAAAUCUAAUAUUUUUUGAAGCUCUUUUUCAUAGGUGAUAUGGGAUUAAUUACAAAAGAAGUCUAAGAGUAAUUAUAAAAACUAAUACAGAUAAUUAAAAUAGUUUAAAAAAAUUUCCUUUUUAAUGAACAAAAGAAAAAAUUGUGGCAUAUAUUGAAAAUAAAAGAGUCCAAAUUGUAUUGAAA